AUGGCAGGUCCAAGAAAUGUGCGUACACUAAAUGGAAAUGGAAACCGUAAUGAUGAUGUAAUGGGCCCAAAAGAAUUCUGGUUGAGUAUCCCCCCAGUAACAAGAACUUUAUUCACUCUAGCUAUCGCCAUGACGAUUGUUGCUCGUUUACAUCUAAUCGGUGGGCAGUACUUUGCUUACGUGUGGAGUUCAACAUUCAAGAAGGUCCAGCUAUGGAGACUUCUCACUUCUUGCCUGAUGCUUUCGCCCAGGGCCAUGCCUGCGCUGAUGGAAUUGUAUAGUAUUUAUGAUAGGUCAUCACAAUUGGAGCGAGUACAUUUUGGUCCCGGCUUGUCCAAUAGACGAGGACCAUUGGUUACAGUGGAUUAUGUGUACUAUCUGUGCUUCUGUAUACUAACUAUUACUAUGGCGACUACAAUCCUCUAUGGAUCCAAUUACCUCUUUGUACUGACGUCUGGGUUCAUAUCGUGUAUUACGUAUACUUGGUCGAUCGACAAUGCCAAUGUACAGAUCAUGUUUUAUGGGUUGAUCCCUGUUUGGGGCAAAUACUUUCCCUUAAUUCAAUUGUUUAUCUCUUUUGUUUUCAACGAGGGCGAUUUCGCGAUCUCAUUAAUCGGGUUUGCUACAGGUUACCUUUACACAUGUUUAGAUACUCAUACACUGGGGCCAAUCUGGGGAAUGAUAUCCAGAAAAUCUGAUACAACUUACGGAAUAUUGCCCAAUGGGAAGUUCCCAACCCCAUGGUGGUUCACUAGACUGUAUGCUCGCAUAACGGGCGCCCAUAAUGAGCCAGCAAUACUCAACAGUAACUUUGUCAAUGCACCAUCAACACCAAGAGAGACAAGAACUUUUAGUGGAAGAGGCCAAAGAUUGGGUACGGCUUCUGCAACAUCGUCUCAAUCUAGCGGCACAAAUUCGGCCAGGACUUCUGGAAGCCAAUUAAGGAGCGGCUCGUCAAGCUUGAACCAAUUCCAAGGCCGUGGUCAACGAGUUGGACAAACAAACAGUACGUAUAACCCACAAUAA